AUGGGAGGAAAUUUCUUCCAAGACGCGCUUCGAGAUGCGUGGAAUGGUAUCUGCACCUCGGAACAACAGGAAAUCGCCAUGGCAAAUCUCACCCAAGCUCUCAAUCAUACUAUGAAGACCUGGGAAUGCUUAGUCAUGGGUCUACUAGCCCUCGACCUCACAAUCACACUGUACGGCCUCGGGGCUAAGAUCUCGGACGCCGUUAUCCUCAUUCCCGAUGAGGUCGCCAUGAUCGCCUUCGCCGAACUCAUAGUUCUCAUUCAGCUCAUGCAGAUCCUGCUCCCGGUGUACCCUGCGGAGGAAUUCGAGAUUUUCGCGAUCCCGCAGAAUCUCAGAGAGAAGAGCGUUUGCAAAUGGGCCAGCGGGGUCUUUGGACUGCAGGAGGCGGAGUUUCCUGGGCGCCAUCACGAGAUGAACGAGAACAACCUGAAGGCGUUUGGAGUCUUCCUCAUCCCCGUUGCAGUCGCUGUUAUAUGGAAGUGGAGGAGGGUUCGUCACCGUCAGAGGGAAAUAGCCAGGGAAGAGCAGGCGGCGCUCGUGGCUGGGGCUUUUCGGGUGUGGGAUGCUUGGAGGAGAGAUAAUUGA